UCUAACAUUAUAAAAUUUGGCAAAAUAAUUUUAUAAUAUUUUCACUUUUCAGCCUCUAGCAAUUCAACCAUUAGCGGUAUCCAUGUUUUCAAUUUUCGGCCAUAAACAAUAAAGUCAACGGCUAGGAUCUAAGGUAGGUACCAUGCCGACUACAAAAACUGGGGGUACCGUAGAAUGACCCCCCUGACAAUUUGAGAGUGAGAGAGAGAGAGAAUGGCAGUUAAGUCGUCGUUCGUGUUCUUCUUCUCCAGCGCUCCUAAGAUUACACCUUAUAGUCCUCGUUGGUCUAAACUGAAACCUCCACGUGGCAAAAUCACAGCUAUCAGUUGUUCUGAUUUGCGGUAUGAUGAUGAUGAUGAUAAGCGGAAAGCACCAAUAAAGAGAAGCCACGGUGAGUCGUUUAGCUGUAUAUGCGGAAGAAGGCGUUUCAUUGAAGGAGCAACGGCAACCUCAAUGGCUUUGGCUGCGUUCCCUAAUCGCCCCUCUAAUGCUUCCGAUUUACACUCUGAUGAUUAUAGGUCUGUUUUGAACAAGGUUCGCCCUCCAAGACCAGAUUGGUACGAGGAGUUCCAUGCAUCAUUUUUGGAUAAAUUCAAGGACUCUUAUGAAGCUGAGAUUGCAGAUUACAAGUCACAAUUGUUUAGUAACUUGAAGGGGAAGGCUCAGAAAGUGUUGGAGAUUGGCAUUGGUACAGGCCCUAAUCUCAAGUACUAUGCCAGUGAAGCUGAUGUCCAGGUUUUCGGUAUGGAUCCCAAUAGAAAGAUGGAAAAGUAUGCUCAGGCAGCAGCAGAGGCCGCUGGCCUGCCACUUACAAAUUUUGAAUUCUUACAUGCAGUUGGGGAGGCUAUACCCUUAGGUGAUGCUUCUGUUGAUGCAGUUGUUGGAACACUUGUGUUGUGUUCUGUUAAAGAUGUUGAUGUGGCAUUGAAAGAGGUGAAGAGGGUGCUGAGACCUGGUGGUGUUUACCUUUUUGUGGAACAUGUGGCUGCUAAAGAUGGAACAGUUCUUAGAUUUAUACAGAAUGUUCUUGAUCCUUUGCAACAGACAGUUGCUGAUGGGUGUCACCUUACCAGGGAAACAGGAAUGAAGAUCUCUGAAGCCGGGUUUUCUGGUGUUGAGCUUAACAAGGCUUUCUUGUCUAAUGCCUUCUAUGUAAACCCCCAGGUCUAUGGUAUAGCUUUUAAGUAACGCCAAGAGUAACUUAUUGUUGUUCUCAAUUCCAGUUCCUACAUCUCAGCUACUUUUGAUGUAGAUCGUUGCUUUAGAUUUGUGUGGGUACCAGGGGGGUCAUUCCAUUAGUUAAGGUUCACAA